AUGGCGUUGCGGUUCCUCUCGGUCCAAAGGCCGUCGCUGAUAGCGGCGUCCACCCUGUCAAGGCUGGCCGGUCUGACCAUACAGCCGCAAUUCAACAGUGCCAUUGUCCAAGGCCAACGAUACGCCUCGGUCAAGGCGCAGGGAGCGUACAAGAAAAAGUGCAAGCGAGGCAUCCCCAAGAAGCUAGGAGCCAAGCGAACCGGCGACCAAUUCGUCAUCCCCGGCAACAUCCUCUACAAGCAACGCGGCACACACUGGUGGCCGGGCGAGAACUGCAACAUGGGGCGGGACCACACGAUCCACGCGACGGCGACGGGCUAUGUCAAGUACUACCGCGACCCGGCGCGGCACCCCGACCGCAAAUACAUUGGCGUCGUCUUCGACAAGGCGGACACGCUGCCGUAUCCCGCGCACGCCGAGCGCAAGCGGCGACUCAACAUGACGGCACAUCCAAUCCGCGCCGCGGCCGCGGUGCCGGCGCUGUCCCCGUCGGGCAUCCCGUUCGAGGUGACGCGCGUGCAGGCCGGCGAGCCGGACCGCCUGCUCAAGCUCCGCGACGACUACAGCUACCGCGAGGACAACUGGCGCAUCGGUCGGCUUGUGCAGACGACGGGCCUCAAGCUCAAGAAGUUCCGCACCCGCAAGCAGUGGCUCCGUAACAGGCGCUGGCGGCGCGAGCGGGAGAUUGAGGGCCAGCGCGCGGCAGAGGCCAAGAGGGCGCAGCUGGGCGAGGACGGGUUCAAGGCGGGCAAGAAGAUGGCGGGCAAGAAGGCGUCGAAAAAGACAAAGGCGAAGAAAUGA